AAAAAAACGAAAAACGAGAAAAAAUAAAAGCAACAAUUUUGGCACAACAAAGAGUGAAAAAUAUUAUUUUUUCGCCUAAAAUCCGUUCUUUUCCCAAGAAACUUCUAACAAUCAGGUCCAAAAUGAUCGUGUUUCGUGAAAACUUAUUGUGCCGGGUUAGUGUUUGCCGAAAUCAGUAGAAAAUAUUUAUAUUUCGAGAGUGUUUACAGUCUGUUACGGGUUUGCUGUGGGAAGGAUCGCAUCAGAUUCUCGAGAGUAUCGAUUUUUCCUUCGAGGUCCGUGUAUGUGGGAAACCUAUAUAAUAGAGCAUCGAUUGUCUGCAAAAAUCUGCUAAAGCAGCUGGUGACCGAUGUGAACAUUAGCUGCAAAUGUACAAACGGGAGUGAAACGGUGGUUAAAUUGGUCGCAAUUAGCUCAAGGAUAGCCCUCGAUAAAGGAAUACGACAGCUCGGUGUAGGAUUAGAAAAAAGUUACAGCAACGAAGGAAGGAAAACUUUCAACUGCAUAAAACGUAGGCCAUGUAAGCGGAUUUCACUUAGGAAGAUAUGAAGUCUGAUGUGUAGCGCUGGAUGUGCUGUCCCGCUGAAGCUGAACCGAACGUAGUACGGUCGUUUACACAUUCGGUUGCACCUCCCGAGCGAUUGUAGUGGUUCGAUGUGCGUCACCAGAAGCGCCUAGAGAGUUGUUGUUGCUCGGGCUGCUGCCGUUGUAGCGGGGAAAACUGAUAGUUGGAUUUGUAUUCUAGAUCGAACCUGUAGGAGGGAAACAGGUCCGCUAGUUCAUUCGUCAUUCUUAGUUCGUCAGAGCAACAGCUGUAAUUGAGUGCGGUGGCUGCUGCAGUAACAUACGAGGAGGUGAUAACGCCGAUAGUUGGGAAAGUUACGCGAGGCAAACGAAGUGCGAAGUGUGUUUGUUUUGAUUUCGUAUUUCAUUCAGAACCAAUCGGUUCCUUGAGGGUUCAGUAGUCUACAUAGUGCGGUAAUAAUAUAAGAGAGACGAUGCGAUGCAGAAACGUCUGUAGACAGAAAGGUGGUUGAAGUGAUUGGGUUGAUAAUUGUCCACGGAAAAGACAACAGUUGGUGGGGAAAUAUUGAUCGUGGGUUUUUAUCGAAGUUCGCAAAAUGGGAGGAUCAGUAAGUCAAGUGUUUCGAUCGGGAAGCGCGCUGUUGUCCAAUAGAGAUGGUCACAAGGUGUCUGAGACAACCGUUGAUAAGGUGAACACAAUUUUCGAUGCACUCAGGGCAAAUCCGAAGAUUUCUAUACAGCGGUUGGAGCCGCUUUUACUGCAAAUUCCGAAGUACGAAAACAUCCUAGCAAUACACGAUGAAACAGGCUACAAUUUGCUCCAGAAGAGUGUAGGAUUGAACCAUAUAGAACUAGCCAGAUGGUUGCUCCAGAGGCACCGCCCAGAUGUAAACAGGAGUUCCUGCUCAUUGCCUCUUCACAUUGCAUGCCUAAAAGGAUAUGAAGAGUGUGUCGAACUUCUGCUGAAACAUGGAGCAAGAAUCGAUACGGAAGCUAGAAUGUGCUUCCCCGGUGCUCAUUCUCACAAUUGCGAAGAAAGUGGAAAGUACAAAAAUCAAGGGGAUGACGUGGGUGUCUGCGAGCGGCCUAACACGAAGCUUCAGAACGCAGUUUGCUAUGCCAUAGACGGAGACCAGAUUAGUGUGCUCAACAUUCUGGCCCAGAAGAUGGAGGAACCGUGGAUGCCGUUCCGGGUGCGGAAACCGUUGCUGCACAUAGCGUGCGAACGGGGUGCCUGGAAGUGCGUCCAACAUCUGGUGCAGACGCGAUCAGACGAGAUUAACCUAAUCAAGGACGAGUACUAUCCCAUCCAUCAGGCUGUGCUACAUGACGGGCGAUUUCUGGAGUUGCUAAUCCAGCAUGGUGCCAUUACGACGGUGCGCACGUGCACCCAGCAAAUGACGCUGCUGCAUGUCGUUAUCUUAGCGGCGAGGAAAUCCGCUGAAGAUACUUUGAACACUAUCCGAAUAUUGUUAGAACGUGGCUGCAAGGAGCUUAUCAACAGUCCUGAUUCGCUCGGCAAUACUCCACUACAUGCAAUAAUCGUCCGCUAUGCACUAGAGGAGGCUAGGUAUGGCUAUGAUAAGUGGAACAAAUGGGAUGUGCUACAUUUGGUGCGCUUUCUGCUGCAAAACGGUGCUAAAAGCUCAAUCAACCAGGCCGGGAACAGUGCGCUGGCCUGCGUCUUUCGCCAUAUUAGAGAUUGGGAAGUGUGCUAUGAACUGUUGAAUAUGCUUAUUAAGGAAGGAGGUGAUCCAAACAUCGUAGGACGAGAUGGAUCGGUUCCGAUUAUGGUCUGUUUAGUGCCACUGAUCAACAAGGAUCCGCUGCAUCACUUUACUCAUUCGAUGAAAGUGUGCUAUCUAAACUGCAUUCGGAUACUACUGCAGAACGGUGCCAACCCAAACUGUUCGUACCGCUCGAAUCUCACGCCGCUGCACGUGCUGAUUUUUACCGUGUCGGAAAACUUUACCCUCAACUGUGAUACGCAGAAGCGCGCCAAUUUUGACUUCAUAAAAAAUAUUCUGAUCCUGCUGCUGCAGUAUGGCUUGGACUGUAACAUCACAACCCAGCACAUUCUGCAAUCGGUGAUCGAUAUGAUUGCGAACGUACGUACCUGCCCGGAUAUUCUGUGCGUGUACGAGCUGGUGCUGGUGCUCAUCCAGUACGGAACGGAUCCGAACAUUACCCUGAGCAAUAAGCUGAUGAUGAGCGGAAGCAGUAGUUCGUCCAUGAACUACGUCAAUGAUUUCAUCAAUUUCGGUGGCAUGAGAGCUGUUGGGGGAAGUGAUGGCGCCGGCCCUAGUGGGAGUGGAGCUGCUGGGCAAACAGCCGCUAACGGCGCCGUAGCGGCCAGCAAUGGCAACGGAAGUGACAAUCUGCGUAGCUCUUUCCGAAACAAUGCGCGUAACUAUCUUCUAUUCUAUUACAUUAUGCUCAUUACACGGAAAGAGUUCAUACUGCUCGAUCGCGAGCAAACCUAUCAACGUAUUAUCUAUCUGUUUUACUAUUCUAUGAAGCACGAUACGCUAUUCAACUGCCUCAAAUCGCUGCACAAUCUGUUUAUAGCUCAGGUUCCGAACAAAUCUAUCGAUAAUCUGAGGCACCUGAUAAUCACACUUUACAAGAAACCUCGUAGUUUGAAGCAACUCUGUCGGGUAUGUAUAUACAAUAGUCUGAACAAGAAGCUUGCACCAAGUAUAAACAGACUCAAUCUACCGCUUCCCCUCAAAGAGUACGUACUGAACUUCGAAGGGUAGAGUACCUUUUCGAUCCACUAUUGUACACACCCCGUUAACUCUCUCUAUGAAUAUAAAUGUCCGCGUUUUUCAAUGUUAGAUAUUGUGUAAAUAAUGAUUAUAUGCUGAUCAACAAUACAGAUGUUUAAAAAUGAAGAAACACAACAAUCACUACCAGAAGCUGAAACAGGAUAACGUAGUUUGAAAACCAGUCACUUAUCAAUACAACUCAAUGAAGCAAAGGUUAACUGAUUACAGGUGAAACUGUUAGUAAACUAUUUUACCUGCACCACCUAUUCCGCUCUUUCUUCUCGCUAAAUUUAAUUUUCCAUAAUAGACCUAUGAAGGAAAUGUAAACACUGAACACAAGGAAUCUAUUCGCUUUAUCCCAAUGCAUUCAAGUGAACUCAGUCAUCACCGACACUUUAACGUGUUUUAAAAAUAUUAAAAUGAAAUAUAGAUAACAAAUAUAUCGAA